GAUCUGACCACUAUGCUCUGAUUGUUUAUCCAUGACACAGAAACAGAAGAGAAACAGAGAAGAACCCAGCUUAGAUCUCACUGAAGAAUUAGAUGUCAUGGAGGCCUUCGAGACCUGCCAUACCAGCUCCAAAAAAGGCCUGAGUGAACCGGCAAGAGAAGCACUUCUAAAUAUGCAAGCUUUGAGGGCUGAACCUGUUGCUGAAGGUGAGACGCCACCAUCCAGUGUGCAGGUCGUGUCCAAGGUGCUCUCCCAGAACAGCUCACACCAUUUCCUGAAGAGUGUUGGCAUCAAAACACCGACAUCCUCCAAGUCAUCUUCAUCAAAGGAAAGCGAGCUUCGCGAAGAACUGGCAGUUGAAGCGGCGGCUGCUGUUCAAGUUGAACUCGACGAGCUCAAGAAGAAAAAUAAAGAAGCUGAGGAAAAGCAGGUGAGGACACAAAUGGAGUUGGAGGAGUACAAGAAGCAAACAGAGAAGAACACCAAAGAGUUGGAGGAGAACAAUGCUCUUCUGAAGAAGCUCUUGACCUUCCAUGCUAACGCUGCUUCUUCGACAUGAGGGCUGCUGGUCAGUGCUGCUGUGAUUGGCCUGCUCAU